AUACAGAUGAACAGCGCGCAGCGUGUAGAGUUCUCAAGAGGGGCUGGCCAUGUGUCCAGACUGCAAACAGCCAGUGAAUAUACUUCCACGCAAGAUAUUACACUUACCAAGUGAACUUCAGAAAGUUUGUACCUCAAUCCAUACGGACCUCCGCCGAGAAAAUGAAAGAGAACGUGUGUUGCGGACCCCAGCCGUGACACAGGUGUACACUGGAGUAAAUCCUCACCUCGAAUGUAUUCCUCCGCGGAGGAGUGAUACCAAUAUAUUGGAGCGAUCCAAUAUAGUGAAACAUAACCACUUUCCAGAAGUUCUCUGUGUUUUUACAGCGAUGACAAAUUGGCCACGUGACUUAUCCUAGUGUGAAAGAGAAGAUAAACAACAUUCUCAGUUCCGAAAUGUUUAUAUCAGAACAAUACGACGACAAUGUUAUCAACACUUCAAACGUGAGUCAUUAAUUUGUUAUAUCUUGAAAGAAACCGGAAACAACAAUGAAUGUAGCUAGCUAGUCGUUGGUGUAGUCUUCUGCGACUGCGUAACUAGCGCGACGUAAUUUUGGCUCUACGCAUUCUGUUGAAUCCCCCUUUUGUUUGCUGGCUGUCACUUUCACUUUUCCUUACAUCUUUUACCACCGUUUCGAGAAUGGCGGAGCUACAUAUUCAGGAAAAGCUGGUAAAUCUUUUAAAUCAAGAUAAUAUUCAGCUCAGGAAUCCACCUUACACAACAGAGGACAGCGAGGCAGGACAGCAAUCUCUUCAGGAGCUUGCAGUGAACUAUGCCCCCAUUGUGUGCAUCUCUGUGUCUGAAGUGGCCAGUGCCUUGGAGAGCCUCCGAUCCCAGGCAGUAAAGAGUGGAAUGGGGAACAAGACCUACGGAGAGACAUGUGUGGAACUCUUUCUGCCUAAAGACUUGAAAAAGUAUACCAAGAAGAAUCACUAUUUGGAGACAAAACUGGAUGUCCUUGCUCAAGAUAUCAUGGAUAGGAUUACUGAACAAUAUGGACUGAAAUAUAUCCAGUUAAUUUUUAAAGGGAAGACACUGACUCCUGAGAAGCGUCUGGAUGAACAGAAUGUGAAGAACAAAAGUAAGAUGAUGGUUCUGCGGGUGAGCGUGCCAGAGAGGAAGAACCAGAUGUUGGAGGUGGAGGAGGAGAAGAAAACACAGGACCAGAGUGUCCAGAGAACCCAGAAGGGCUUCCAGAUCCUAUCAGAGAGAGAUGGCACCGAUGACACAGCCACGACUCCAUUCCUAGAGAUUGCUGAUCAGAAGGGGAACCCCCUGAAAAUACCUCACAGUAAGAAAAAGGCUCUGAUUUUAGCCAUGGGGUUCCAUGAGAAAGGCCGUGCUCUGAUGAAGAGGAAACAGUAUGAAACUGCUCUGGGCCACCUGGUGCAAGCUGACGACCAGUUUGUUAAGUGUGGCUUCAAGCUCUUGAACACAGUGGACAACUAUGCAGUACUGCAGCUGGACAUCGUGUGGUGCUACCGAGCCUUGGAGGCCCUGUCCUAUCUGGAUGACGGCAAGCGGAGGCUGCAGAUUGCCGAGGACUGCUUCCGCAAUUGCUACGGAGACCAGCAGCAGAGGCUCAUGAAGAUCAAGGGAAACACCAGAGGAGAGGAGGUGCUGUUCCUCAGGCUGUACCUCCUGCAGAGCAUACUGGCGCACAUGGUUGGUAACGAGCGCCAGGCCACACAGAAGCUUAAGCAGGCUGAGGAUCUCUAUGGGCGUCUGUGUCUGGACCCAGGGGAGAUAAAAGAGCUGAAGGAUCUGGGGUUCUCUGAGCAGGAAGCCCGUCUGGGUCUGAGGGCCUGCCAUGGCAACGUAGGCGAGGCCGCGCUGCACAUCACCCAUAGGAGACAGGAGAGGGAGGAGAUGAAACAGAAGGAGAGUGAGAAGAGGAGGAUGUGUGUGGAGGGCCUGGCUACCCUCAGAGAGCUGGGUUACUCCAAGAAAGACGCUGCCUGGGCCCUCCUUCAGACAGACGGAGACAUGGACGGAGCCUACAGGAUGCUUCUAGAUUCUGCUGCUAGAACCAACAACACAGAGCUCCCCAUAAAUCAAUCCAAGGUUGAGCAGCUGACAUACCUGGGUUUUGAGCCGGAGGUGGCCCUGAGGCUGACAGGGGAAAACGUUCAGGGGGCCACCCAGCUGCUGCAGGACAACCAGGUGGUCCUGCCCCCAGAACUGCUGUCCCCCUCUCCCGCCUCCUCACUGUCCGAGGAGCCCAGCACCACCUCCGAGUCCGCAGGUUCUGGGAGCCAAGGGGAGGCCCCAAUGGACGUCGACCUGGUGAAUGAGGUGCUGGAGGACAUCCCUCUACACGAAGAGGACUACCUGGACCUGACCCUGGAGGAGGAGAGCGAGGUCAUAGACAAGAUGAAGUCCUACCUCUACAAGAACUGUGCCUCCUCCAGCUAAAGUACUGUCCCGCCAGCAGCCAUUUUGAAAGCACUUCCACCACCACCUAUUCCACGGGUGUUUGAUUUGAGUCUUUUUAGGCCCCAAAUUAGGUUUGUUUUUCUCCUCCACAAGCAAUAUAUCGACAAUUGUAUUUUCUGUUUUUGUACUAAAGUGUUAUUAAUUGAGUUUAAUAACAUAAACAUUUGAAGCUGGUUGACUAUAAUUUGUAAGGAAGUAAACUGACAUGGAUUAAAGACAAGAAAAUUAAACAAAUUCAGAUUUAGUAGAUAAACAUUUAUUGCUCUAUGCUUAAUA